CUCGCUCUCGUCAUCUCCGUCGUCUUUGCGUCGGACGAUCUGUCGGCGCUGCAGCACCACGUGAGUCCCGUGCUGGAAUCGUCGAAUUUGCUGGAUAGCGGCGACUUCUUCGUGUGCAACUCGAAAGUGCCUGGAAUGAAUGGCCACUACGUCUUGCAGCCCUCGAACGUGGUGCAGUCAGACCCGGACACGCCCGUGUUCUUCCGGGAAGACAGCGAGGACGAAGAUGAAGAGUCCACAGCGGUGGCUCUGACCUCGGACGCAACGACGACGGACUUUCGACUGUUCAGGCACAACGGCUUCUGGAUGAUCGCCGACGUGGAGCCCUGGCCGCCCGUGACGCACUUCCGCUGCGACCCGACCAAGACGCAGAUCUUGGGCAUGGACGUCACGGAGGUCUGCGGCCUGGGGCAGUCGACGCCGCCGCGGAUCGGCUACUCGCCUGCGGACCCCAAGCUCGGAGACUUUUCGCUGGCGCUGCAUCGCCACACCUGCCAAGAGCUGCCGCAGAUCGAGGGCCAGGCUGGAGAGAACGCAAGGAACAACUUCUCUACGCGCAAGGAGGAGCUC